AAUCCGACCUGCAACAAAAUUUGGUAGCAGAAAAGAAAUCUCGAAAACAAAACUCGACCUCGAGAGUACGCACCUAUUCCUGGUCUUCACUCCCCACCAACUUUACAAAAGCCAGUUUCCUGGAAGACCCCUCUCUGUCUAUGGGGUACCGAACCAAGUGCAUGCAUCUCCUUGUCUCCCUCUCUUUCUAUCCCCAUUUCUUUCCUCCUCCGUAUAUAAGCCCCUUCAAUCCUGCAACUCGAUUUAUUGUCUCUCGUCCACUCUCAAAGCCAACCCCUUUACUCAAUCUCUCUCUCUUUUUCUUUGAAGCUCCUUCGUGAUCUUAAUUAUCAUGGAAGCAGGGAACAUGUGCUCUACUUCUUCUUCAGAUUCUUCCUCUUCGGAUUCUUCUUUCAAUGGAAAUAAAACACCAAGAAGCGCCAAUAAAUCUGAAAGAAUUAAAGGACCAUGGAGUGCAGAGGAAGACAGGAUUUUGACAAGGCUUGUUGAGCAACAUGGACCAAGAAACUGGUCCUUAAUAAGCCGUUACAUAAAGGGUCGGUCUGGAAAAUCAUGCAGGCUUAGGUGGUGCAAUCAGUUAAGCCCAAAUGUGGAGCACCGUCCGUUUUCUCCAGUUGAAGAUGAAACAAUCCUGGCUGCUCAUGCCAGGUUUGGUAAUCGAUGGGCCACCAUUGCCAGGUUGCUGCCAGGUCGGACCGACAACGCGGUCAAGAACCAUUGGAACUCCACGUUGAAAAGAAGGGCAAGAGAACGCCAGAGUCAGAUGAAUUUGGAAGGUAAUUUAUAUAGUAACUAUGGUAACCACAAUGAAGGAAAUGCCAUUGAUAUCAAUGUAGCAUCAGGAUCUAUGCCGGAUACCAUAAUGAGAGAAGAGGAGGAUGCGUUAACCACGCUGACUCUCGCACCGCCAGGGAUUGGUGGUGGAGGCAGUGGUAAUAGUGGUGGAAUGGUGGCGGAGAGGAGGCCAGAGAGUUUGCCUGCUGGAUUUUGGGAUGUGAUGAGGGAUGUUAUUGCAAGGGAAGUAAGGGACUAUGUGAGCUCUAACUUGUCCGAGAGUAGCUCAGGCUUUCAUUAGUUGGGACUAAAUUAGAGAAGAGGGGAUCGAAGCCAUGCCUGGUGUUGUUAAUUUGAUUAAUUCGGUGGUGUUAACACUUAAUAUGAUCAUUAUGUUAAUUUUUUUUAUUUUUUUUUACUAAAAUGUGAGAUGAAGAUUGAUGAGUGCCUGAACUUGUGGCCUUGGAUAAAUUUUUACAAUCUAUGUUUCAUUACAGCCUGUCUCCAAUGGAUGACGGGAAUGGAUUUUAAUUA